AGGGACAUUGGCUUGGUGGGACAAAGAAUGAGCUGGCAUAACAGCAGCGGAGCUCCAUCGACGCCUCACACUUGCUGGCAGGAGCGAGGACGGACGGAUCGAGGAGGAACCGAAACACGAUGAAGCUGCUGGUCUUGUCUGUAACCGUCGCAAUGCUGUUUGCAGCCGGCGACGGACUGAGAUGCUACCAUUGUUCCCCGCCUCCAGACGGACGCAACUGUGAAGUCAAGGUGGAGACGUGCCCCCCCGGGAAGGACGCCUGCACUGCUGUCACAUUCCUCACCGAGCCAUACAUCAGUUACCAGGAGUGUGUGGCGAUGAGCGACUGCCGCAUGUGGCAGAUGAACUCCCACUUUGACAUGAAGUGCUGUGCCGAAGACCUGUGCAACACAUUUUAAAACUCAACCCUGGAGUACCAUUGAGCAAGGCUCCUCUUCCUUUCACCGUUGCUGAUGUGGGAGUUUCUGUGUGGGAAGAGCAACUUGAAAUAAAGGAAAGCAUCAAGUGACUCUUCUUCAUGACAAUAUUUU